UGAGAUGCCUUGGGAAAAAAGUGACUUUCUAAAAUAUCGUCGAUUUUAUUUUUCUUCCCAGAUUGCCUCACCUGCAUGCUUUUGCUGAACAGCACAUCAAAGGAUCUGUCCCACAGACCAACCAUCAUGCUGCAGAGGGCACGGAAGGCUCGGCCUUACACUAAAGCCCUGGAUGGAGGCUGGGGAUGGAUGAUUCUACUUCAUUUCUUCCUGGUGAAUAUGUUUGUGAUGGGGAUGAUGAAGAUGUUUGCAAUUUUCUUUGUGGUUUUCCAAGAAGAAUUUGAAAGCAGCUCCAAGCAAACUGGCUGGAUUGGAUUCAUCAUGUCAUCAGUUGGUUAUUCUGCAGGCCCCCUGGCUACCAUUGUUUGUGACCUAACCGGAGAGAAGACCGCCUCCAUUCUCGGGGCAUUCCUUGUUGCCGGUGGAUAUCUGAUCAGCAGCUGGGCUACCAGCAUUAGCUUUCUUUGUGUGACUAUGGGACUUUUACCUGGUUUGGGUGCUGCUUUCCUGUACCAAAGUGCCUCUGUGGUAGCUACCAAAUACUUCAAAAAACGACUGGCUUUUUCUACAGCUAUUGCCCGUUCUGGGAUGGGACUAACAGUUCUGAUAGCACCUUUUAUAAAAGUCUUGAUAGAUCUAUAUGACUGGACAGGUGCCCUUCUCCUACUUGGAGCACUCAUGAUGAAUUUGGUGCCUUCUAGUAUGCUCUUAAGACCCAUCCACAUUGCAGGCGAGAACAAUUCUGACAUUAAAAACAGAGGAAGCCGCUUGUCUACAAGUCAUCCAGGGGCAGGGUGUGCGACAGAAAUGCCAUCCUGCAAUGAGACAGGAGAGGCCACCGCCACCAGGGACGGUGCUAUGCAGAAGGCCAGACAACCUGGUACCAGUUUAACAGUCUCACAAAACAAAAACACAGAUGGAAACAGUGUGUUUCUAAUAACUAAUGAAGAAAGUUAUGAGAAAGAGGCGAUUUCAUGGAGCCGUAAGCCAAAACUCUUUGACAUUUCCCUUCUAAAAAAUCCCUUCUUCUACAUAUUUACCUGGUCUUUUUUCCUCAGCCAGUUGGCAUAUUUCAUGCCUACUUUUCACCUGGUAGCCAGAGCCAAAACACUGGGGAUUGACCUCAUGGAUGCCACCUUGCUCGUUUCAGUAGCUGGCAUCACUGAGACAGUCAGUCAAAUAAUCGCUGGAUGGGUUGCUGAUCAAGACUGGAUGAAGAAGUAUCAUUACCACAAGUCUUACCUCAUCCUCUGCGGCACCACUAACCUGCUUGCUCCUCUGGCCACUACAUUCCCACUGCUCAUGACCUACACCAUCUUCUUUGCCACCUUUGCUGGUGGUUACCUGGCAAUGAUACUUCCUGUGCUGGUAGAUCUGUCUGGAGGUUCUAGAAUACAGAGCUUCUUGGGACUUGUUGCUUUCUUUGCUGGGAUGGCUAUCCUUUCUGGACCAACUAUAGCAGGCUGGUUAUAUGAUUACACACAGACCUACACUGGCUCCUUCUACUUCUCUGGCAUAUGCUAUCUCCUCUCUUCAGUCUCCUUUUUCUUUGUACCAUUGGCUGAGAAGUGGAAAAACAGAGCCUGAGCAGAAAGAAAAAGGACUGCAAUCAAGCGAGAGCUUAACAAAACGAAAUCUAAACUAAGAAGUCACCGGAAACAAAAGCUUGGAAGAAAACAGUUCCCAGGGCACCUGCAUGGCUCAGUCAGUUAAGUGUCCAACUUUGGCUCAGGUCACGAUCUUGCAGUUCCUGAGU